CCCUCCCCCGACCCUUCCGUACAUCCACAGUCUCAGCGCACACAUAGCGGAACACGUUUGGCGUGGCCUCUCUUGCUGGCUCCUGAGUGACCCUCGACCCCUUCCCGUUGACAUCCCUGCACCUGAGGAUCUGUCGGCCCCUCCUCCCCAGAUGUAGAGGGAGUUGUCAUCUGCAGCAGCCGUGUACACAAUUCUUGUGCUGUCCAGUGAAGUUGCCCACCAUGCGCGAGUACAAGCUUGUGGUACUGGGAUCAGGAGGUGUGGGAAAGUCUGCACUGACAGUCCAAUUUGUGCAAGGCAUCUUUGUGGAAAAAUAUGACCCCACAAUAGAAGACUCCUACAGAAAGCAAGUCGAGGUCGAUGGGCAGCAAUGUAUGCUUGAAAUCCUGGACACAGCUGGAACUGAACAGUUCACGGCUAUGAGGGACCUGUACAUGAAGAAUGGCCAAGGCUUUGCUUUGGUGUACUCCAUUACAGCGCAGUCGACAUUUAACGACCUGCAGGACCUCCGGGAGCAGAUCCUGAGAGUAAAAGACACCGAGGAUGUUCCCAUGAUCCUGGUGGGAAACAAGUGUGACCUGGAGGAUGAGCGUGUGGUCGGGAAGGAGCAGGGUCAGAACCUGGCCCGUCAGUGGAACAACUGUGCCUUUUUAGAGACUUCAGCUAAAUCAAAGAUCAACGUUAAUGAGAUUUUCUAUGAUCUGGUGCGACAGAUCAACAGAAAAACGCCGAUGGAAAAGAAGAAGACAAAAAAGAAGUCAAGUUGCACACUGCUCUAAAUUGCCAUCCCACGGUAGCUCCAGGCCAGAAACUUGUAAUGAUUAACUGUUUCCCAGUGCAUCGUGCCAGCAUUCCAAGUCCUCUCCAAAGCAUUUUGAAAAAGGCUGACAGAGAAACUUCACCACUCGCAAAAUGGCAGGAGACGGCACAUACUCUCAAGAAACUCUUUUUCUGCUCUUUAAUGGGAAAGAUAUCCACCUCUUCUUUUUUAUUGUCAGCCUGAUGACAACUGUUUUUUGUUUUGUUUUGUUUUUCCUCUUCUUCAAGGUGUCUUUCUUUCGGAAACAUCGAUGUAAAAAAGAGGAGACCAUGGAUUUAAAUCCAUCAAUGGGAACUAAAAUGUUUUAUUAAAAGUAACAUCAGACAUUUGAUAUAUUGUGACAAUGCAUUUGCAAAAGUAUCCAUGUGAAAUGUUGGUCUUCUUGUACAUUUCUGCACUAACAGUGUCAAUGAGGAUGCAUCAUUGUCCAUAAAUUACUCGCUCCUACUUACAAGGAUGUAUAUUGAUAACAUCUUUCCUAAGUGACUUUGUUUUAUAUCAAGAGCUGCAGCCUUCCACAUUUCCCAUAAUAUAUUCUACUUCCAUUUUUGCAUAAUAAAGCUAAGGAAAUUAGUAUUUUAUAGACUGAUGGGGGUUGAUGCGUUCUGAUUUGUGUCUUGAGGCUGAAAAUAUAUUGUACUAAACCAACUCUAAUAUCGCUUUGUGUGUUACCCUGUCACAGAUGAUUUUCCAGCUUUUAUGAAUGAUUAAAUUUUAGUACAUUUUCAUUA